AUGACAACUUUAGAUGAAGAGAGAUAUUGGAGACAUAUACUGCUGCUUGGCGAGGGUACUUCGUUUGUAUUACAGAGCCUUGUAUUGCAAGAAGUAGGCAAAUCUGGAAAAACCUUAGAGAAUCUGCUUCUUAAUAACAAAAAUCAAUUCAAUAGCAUAAUGAAAAAACAACGAGACAUUCUUUACCCAGCACCUUUGACAGCAAAUUCAGAUUUAACUAAAUGGAAUUUGUCGCUCCUUCUGCUUGUCGUGAAGAGAUUAUUCUAUCCAAAACUACCAGAUGAAAUUGUAUCACAUAUUCAGGCAUUAAAGGCCUAUAGAAAUUUUAUCCAAGAACAUCAUCAUAAGAUGUCAAUGGACGACACAGAGUUUUUAACAAGUCAGACACAUUUACAAGAACAUUUGCGAAACAUUGCAGGAUACCUCGACCAAACUGAUCAAAUUGAUGACAUUAUCAGACGAAUUGCAACAGGCAAUAAUGACAUUGAAUCAGUAGUUCGAUAUGUCAAUGAAAUUCACGCAAAACGUAAUUCUGUAGAAAGUGCUUUUAAAACUAUGAAAGAGCUGAUAACAAUUAUACAAGCUGAUUGUGAAAAUGAGGAUCAACACAAGAAAGCAAAUUUACUCUUUCAUUUUGUAAAGAUUAUACAAGAUCAGAACUCAUUUAGCGACGAUGAGAUUAAAACGAUCAUAUCACAAAAGGUUGAAUGGUACGGAGAAAAUACAUAUGAAUUAAUAGAUGACUUGAUUGAAUGGUUCACUGACAUAGAGCCUUCGAAUCGUCAGAGUAUUUUAGCCUCCUAUUGGGACGACAUUGGAACAGAAAGUAGCAAAAAGACGUUGAAGAAUUUAGUGGUACCUCAUGUCACUGAUAAAGAACGGUUGAUAAAUGCUAGGAAAAUGUUCAGGGAACAAGAGAGAAACAGCUACUUGGAAAAUGUAUCUAGGACACUUUCAGCAAUGUUUGAUGAAGACAUUCGUGUUAGGACAUAUUUGGUUAAAGAUCAUAUACUAGAAACUGUACAAGAAACAGGAUUAGUGUCGCAUUCUUCCGGCAAUAUGAACGUACAUACUUUAAAGUCGCUUGACUAUUCUGCUGACGAAGGGAAAUUAGAAGAUAAGCAGUGUACGCACCUGAAACUUCCUCAACUACAUGACGUUAAAGAGGCACCGAAGAUUGAUCUCAUAAGUUUGCCUGCCAAUAAGGAAGUUCAUGUGAUGGUUGGUGAACCACUGAAGCUUGAAAUUGGUAAUUCAGGAUCACCUACACCAAAUGUGACAUGGUUGAAAGAUGGGUACCCUAUUGAAAGAGCGACAGAAUACAAUAAUGAUAAUUUGGCUAAAUUGGAAAUUUCUAAAGCCGAACGUAAUGACACAGGAAAAUACCAAAUUAAAGUGGAAAAUGAGAUUGGUUCGGACACAGCUGUUAUCUCUGUCAUUGUUCUUGAUCCUAAGCAAAUUUGUAAAAAGCGCAACAGAUCCUACGGCCAAAAGGUGGAUACAGAAGUUUGGGCAACAUUAUCCAUUAAUGAUGGUGUGGCCAAAUUGGAAAUUCGAAAAGCAGAACGUAGUGACACAGGAAAAUACCAAAUUAAAGUGGAAAAUGAGAUUGGUUCAGACACAGUUGACAUUUCUAUAACUUGUACUUGGAUCACCUACACCAAUUGUGACCCCUGGUUUUUAAAAAAUGGUAAACGUAUUGAAAGAGCAACACAAUCCAUUAAUGAUGGUGUGGCCAAAUUGGAAAUUCGAAAAGCAGAACGUAGUGACACAGGAAAAUACCAUAUUAAAGUGGAAAAUGAGAUUGGUUCAGACACAGUUGACAUUUCUGUAAUUGUUCUUGAGGCCCCAAAGAUUGAUCAUACAAAUUUGGCUGACAACAAGGAAGUCCGUGUGAUGGUUGGUGAACAAUUGAAACUGGUCAUUUGUAUAUCAGGAUCACCUACACCAACUGUGACAUGGUUGAAAGAUGGUAAACGUAUUGAAAGAGCGCAAGAAUCCAAUGAUGAUGAUGUGGCUAAAUUGGAAAUUCCAAAAACAGAACUAAGUGACACAGGAAAAUACCAAAUUAAAGUGGAAAAUGAGAUUGGAUCAGCCACAGCUGACAUUUCUGUCAUUGUUCUUGAGGCCCCGAAGAUUGAUCAUACAAAUUUGCCUGCCAACAAGGAAGUUCAUGUAAUGGUUGGUAAACCAUUAGAGCUGGUCAUUGGUAUAUCAGGAUCACCUACACCAACUGUGGCAUGGUUGAAAGAUGGUAAACGUAUUGAAAGAGCGAAAAGUUUGAAAAAUGAUGGUGUGGCUAAAUUGGAAAUUCAAAUAGCAGAAUGUAGUGACACAGGAAAAUACCAAAUUAAAGUGGAAAAUGAGUUUGGUUCAGAGACAGUUAACAUUUCUGUCAUUGUUUUUGACAAGCCAGGAGCACCAGGUGUACCUAAAUGUAAGACAACCACAGAGAACAGUAUAACUUUUUCGUGGACACCACCCAAUAGAGACGGAGGUAGCCCUGUCACUAGAUAUGUCCUGGAGUGGAGAGAGAAGGGUGAUGAUAUAUGGGAAACAAGCAGUUGUUCUGUCAACCUACUCAGUGUCAACCAAGUCACUGAGUUCACAGUAAAGGGUUUGCAAGAGGGUAAAGAAUAUGAGUUCCGUGUUGCAGCCUGCAAUAAUGCCGGGACUGGAGAGUUCAGUAACUGUUCUGAACUAAUCAAAGUUCAGUCACCACAAGAUGCAAAAAGGAACAUGCAGGAUUCCUGUUUAUUUGAUGGUCGAUUGAUACUUAUCGAUAGCAACCAGAUAAAAAUGUUGGAGGAAUCAUUAGAUAAAGAGGCCAUAGGAAAAGGUCGAAUUGGUACAGUUUACCGUUGCAACAAUCAGGACAUAUUUGGUAUUACUGUUGCUGUGAAGAAGAUAAAAACUGAGGAACACGCAAACCAAAUCAGAAGGGAGAAGAUUGUGUCCAGACUCAUGAACCCAUUUUUACUUCCGCUGUUAGCUGUUAUUGAAAAGUCUGAUGAAGAAUGUUGGUUUAUAUCUCCUUAUUGCGAAAACGGUGACCUCUAUGAGGCUAUAAAAAAGGGUAAAAAGGAGAAAGAUGAAAAGAACAAGACAGACAAGAUCAACAUAAACAAUCAGGCUACAAGAGUGAAGAUUUUACUGCAAAUUGCACUAGCGAUAGAGAAUAUUCACACUGAAGUCCCAAACGUCAGAGGUCCGAUUCUUCAUAAAGACAUUGCGUCUAAAAAUGUUGUGCUCGAUAAAUAUCUAAAUGCACGCCUUACUGACUUCGGAUUGGCCAGAGAAAAGGAUGACGAUAUGUCGACCUUGGGAGGAAGAAAACAUUAUGAUCAUCCUAAAGUAGGGACUGGAUGUGAUGAAGACUAUUUUGAUUUUUAUAGCUUUGGAGUCAUUAUUCGAGAAAUGUUGACUAGCCUGGGACCGGAAGGUGAAAAAAAUCAUUUCUUAAAGAAAAUGAACAGCAAUCAGAUUGCGGAAAGACUGGAUAAAAAUGUUUGGAAAUGUAAGGAAACAUCAGACAAGUUAAAAGAAUUGUCACAGAAGUGCUUGAAGGAUGAUGCUGCAUGGACUAUCAAAGAUUUUAAAUCCAAUGUGGUUGAUAAAUUACGGGAUAUAUUUUUGGAAUUCCGUGAUGAAAUAUUUGAAAAUGGAGGGGAAAGUACGUGUCAUCAAUGCAUAAUCAAUCCAAUCGUUUCAGCUGAUAAAUCCUCCUUGAUAAAUGAUUAUGCCAACUGCCGUCAAAAGAUACAAGUGUGCAUGGCUUGCGAGAAAAAUAGUUUCCUCAAUCCAAUAACCUGCUAUUGUGGUGCCAAAUUGAAAAGUGCAAUAGGCAGUAAUUGGGGAGCAUUACUUGUCGCUGGUGAUGAUGAUAAUCCAGCUAAAGCUGCAGUCAUGAAGAAAGAAAUACUAGAGUUGGAGAGAUUAGUUACGUCACAGGCACCACGCAUUAUUGGAAUAAGGCAGCAUAAUGUGAAGACGGUUGUACCCAGUGAAAACGAUAUAGAGAAACUGUCAGCAUGGACACAAAUUAAAAAGCAUAUUAAAGCAUUCAGUGAAGAUAAAGAGAUCGAUACAUUAUUGAUAUACUUCUCAUGUCAUGGGGAAAGCUCUGUCGAAGGGAAUAUGUUUCAUCUUGGGAAGAAGGAGUAUAUAUCAUCAGAUGACUUUCAAAAGGAGUUAGACAAAUUGAAUAAAAUUGAUGAAUUGAUUAUUUUCCUCGACCGCUGUUUUCCUCCAAUGGUGAAAUUUACAGAUAGAAAGUUUAUUCAGAUAAAUGCAUGCAGUGAUAAAGAUGCGGCUGUUCUAAAAGAAGAAGGCAGCUUGUUUACCAAGUAUGUUAUUCAAGGACUGAAAGCUAGAUCAGAAGAAAGAGAAUGUUCCAAGGACUGUCAGCAUUGUGUCGACUAUUGGAAGCCGAAAACAGAAUACAUCUCAGUCUUUGCUUUGUUUGAUUAUGUUAACAACCACUUAGAACGAAAAGCCAAUAAACCACAUUGGCAAGGCAAAGGUGUUGGGAAAAAUAUAGCUUUCUUCACGGGGGAAAAAGUAGAAAUAAAAUUUACCUCAAAAGAUGAAAAAAGUGAGAAAAGACAUGCCCCUCUGCCACUCAGCUAUCUUAAACACUUUGAUGAAUUAAGAGAACGACUUUUUAAGGCUUUCGAAGUUGAUCAGAGAACGCACGUAGUCAAAAUACAAAAAGAAACAUUCAGACAGGAUCAACCAUACGACGAAUGUGACACGUUAAAAAAGGUGAUGCAGGCCUGGCUUCAAAGGCUUCCACUCGUGGUUACUUUCACCGCUAAAGGCAUUAAUUAAAAACAAUGAAGAUUUGUUGAAAUAAGACGUGCUUUAGAGACGUCUUCACACAGAGCUUUUGAGCAGAGACAAGAACAUGUUUUAUACCUUAUAACAUUUGUACUAUACUUUUUGGUUGUUUAUUUGUUUUGUUUUUGUUGUUUUAUUUUCAGAGAUUGAAGCAGUUUUUUUUAUUUCUGGCUGUUAUUUUAAUCAGAACUCGGCUUUAUAGAAGAGCCACAGCUAAGCGGGGCAACGUUUAAUUUAUUUUACUUUCUUUAAAACACUUGUUGUUUGUUCAAAGUCAUAGUCAUGUCAAUAAUAUUGGAUGAUCAAUUUUACACCUGAAUCUGUGUACAUUGUCUUAAUUUCAUAGUUUUACAUCAACGGACAAGAAAGUAUGUCACUUCUUCAAACUAUCUCGAUCAGAUGAUACAAAGUUCAAUUCUACGUCUUAAACAGAGAUAAUGGUCCGAAUUUCAUAGCUAUACAUCAGGUGAUAAGAAUGUAGUUCACUUAGUAAAAAUCAAGGUCAGCUGAUGUCUAAAACUAAUUUUACAUCUGGAAUUGGGCAUUUACAUCAAAGGCCAAGAAAGGUUACUUCGUCAAACAAUCUAGGUCAGCUGAUAUCAAAGGUCAGUUCUUGGACAUGAUCUUAAUUUCAUAGCUGUGCAUGAAAGUGCAAGAAAGUAGGUCAUUUCGUCAAUUAUCUAGGUCCGCCGAUAUCAAAGUUCCAUUUUUUUCAUCUUAAAACAGCGCACAUAGUCCGCAUGUCAUUGCUAUAGGGAAAAGGAGAAUUUCAUUAAUUCGACCUUGACGGUAAGGUCACUUAAAGGAAAGAUCACAUCAACCUUACAUUUUCAAUGUUUGUUUAAUCGGAAGUCUUGUUUGGCCCAAUUAUAAAUCAAGUCCGUACAUAUAUAACAAAAUUAUUGCAAUUUAAGGGAUACUCAGGCAAAUUAAUGAGAAAAAUAUCAAAAUGAUCUAAAAUACUCAAAUCACCCUAAAUUGGCAUUUUUUUAAAAAGUCUCAACAUGAAUUUUUGAAUAAGUUCUAAAAGUUUUGGUUAGAAGCGUAAAUAUAUUUAUAUAUCUUAAAAGAAAUUAAGUCAUGUGACUUGAACAAACCCUGGAAGUAACCGUUACAGAUAUUGUGGAUAUUUAUCUUAUUAAAACAAGUAUAAGUCAUUCAGUUGACAUGAUUUUUAACGUUGCCAGAGUUCACUGUGACAACUAUUUUGAAAUCGUAAUGCUCUAUCCUGACCCACGUGGGUCAAGUUAGGAUACCACCGUUUUAUUCUUCAUAAGGAAAAAAGUUUUGUUCAUGUGACUGCCAAGUGUAUUCAUUUAUAGGACACUUGCAGAAUAAUGAAUGAAAAAAUCAAAACAAAGAAAUGAAACAUCCUUCUGUGUUUCCCUUUAACCAAAAUUCAAUAAUUUGACUUUGACUGUCAGUGUAAAGUAAAGCACUAGGCCAUCGUCAUUUUAGCAUUAAAAGACUUUGUCCAAAUGUUGCUUUGUCCAAGAAUGUAGAUAAUCCAUUUAUUAAUGACAAAAAAAUUAGCAUUUUAAACCAAAAAUCAGUGAAAACUCAUAAUUUAAUCUUUAAGGUAAAGUUAUAAAAAAGCCAAAUUAAAAUGUGUGAUUUAAAUAUUUCCUUUUCAAAUGUGUUAAACUGAUGGCAUCCUUUCAUAUCACAAAA